AUGGCACUGAUCGAUUUCUCCAUUGUUUACACAAGUAUGUCAUUCUGUACGCAGUGUGGUAGGCAGUUAUCUGACGAUUUAUUAUUUUGUACUCAAUGUGGAUCACGAAAAGACUUAUGUACUACCUCAUACAGUCCUCCAGCUACAGCAGAUGAGCGAGAAUUGAUAGUUUAUUACUUUGAGAAGCAUUUCCCAUACAAUGCAAUCGUUCUGUUUUUAAAAAUAUAUCAUAGCACAUUAAUGUCAACGAGAACCCUGAAACGACGAUUACGAAGUCUUGGGUUGAAAAGGAGACGUAGUAAUGUUAACGAGGCAGUUUUACGUAGUAUAAUUGAACAAGAACUACAAGGUCCAGCUGCAAGGUAUGGGAAUCCCCAUAUUAUUCUAGCUAAUUACAGAAAGGAAAUAAGAGAUUGGCCUCAGUUAAAGUUCAACGACGCAAAAGGGUUCAGAGAUUUUUUCAGUUUCUUAAUAAAGUGCCAGAGCAUUGUAAUUGGGAGGGACUGGAAUGUGUUGGAUACCCCUGAUACCAUAUGUGCUCUCGUUUCCAAGUUGCCAGGUUCUUUGACGGAUCGUUGGAACCGCAAGGUUAUGAUAAAACGUCAUAAGCACCUUUCAGAACCUAGUUUAGAGGAUUUCAUUGACUUUAUUGAGCAGGAGUCUACCUUGAUAAAUGAUCCGCUAUUUUCAAGGAACGCACUUAAGCAGUUUACUAACACAAAGGAAAAGUUACCUGAUAAGAGGAAAUCUUACAAAAGCUUUGCUAUGAAUACCAACUAUAGAUCGUCAUAUGACAUUAAAAAGCUGUGCCCUGCUUGUUCUGCUAAGCAUGAUUUAGAUGACUGUAAACUGUUUCUGAGUUAUACCAUAGAGGACAGAAGCAAAUUUCUUGGACGAAAAAGAUUAUGCUAUGGCUGUUACGAUCCAAUAACCGACGAACACAACGCAAAAUCCUGUCCACAUCGACGCAAAUGUACCAUUUGUAAAGGAAACCAUCCUACUGGCUUGCAUGGCUUUAGAUUUAGGAAAAGAAGUGACUCCAAGGAUAAGGAAGAAAACAAAGAAAGCACCGAAGAGAAGGAAUCUGUUAAGAGCAAUGUCACUGGAUUGUCAAAAUCAUGCAAUUCUUUAAACGUUGGUGAAGUUAUCAGUCUUUGCAUAGUGCCAGUAAAGGUAUCACAUAAAUCUACUGGUAAGAGUGUGACUACCUUAGCCAUGCUGGAUAAUUGCAGCCAAGCUUCGUUUGUAACGACAGAUCUAGUCAAGAGAUUGGACGUCAGUGGUGCUGAAACAUCAUUAGCCAUUAAAACAAUUAACGGAACAGAAACUGUUAAAUCUGAGGCAAUAGAAGAUUUGAUAAUUGAAGGCAUUAGCACACAAUUUGAAAAUACCCCGUUCAUGUUACCCAAGGCAUACACAAGAAGAGAACUGCCCGUAGAUAAAGAUGAUAUAGCAACUACCGAUAAGUUAUCUCAAUGGAAAUACUUGGAACCGGUUUAUCCACACUUUAGAAUCCAGAAGUUUGAUGUUGACUUGUUGAUUGGCGCAAAUUGUGCAAAGGCACUUGAACCAGUGGAUGUGCUGCCCAGUCAAGAUGGUGGCCCAUAUGCAUACCGAACCAUACUUGGAUGGUGCAUUGUAGGACCAAUCAAGUCAGAAGGUAAAAAUAAUUAUUCUAUCAAAUCUUGUCAUAAAAUUGCUGUGAACGACAUAGGAAACAACGGAAUUGCUAAGCAUCAUUUUGAAUCAAAAAGUAGUGUGAAAGAAACUCAUAUUAGUAACAUGCUUGAAAAGUUGUACCUUUCAGAUUUUACGGAGGCAAGAUUGUCGCCUCGCAGCAACAUAGAAUUUAAUCUAGAAGAAAUGUCAAUAGAAGAUAAAACAUUUCUAACCAUAAUGGAGUCAAAAGCAGGCAAGGUUGGAAGUCAUUAUGAACUGCCUUUGCCAUUCCGAAACAAAGACUUGUUGAUGCCUGACAACAGAAACGUUGUGCUGAGAAGACUGAUGCAUUUAAAGGAAAGAUUUAUACGAAAUCCGAAAUUCCUAGCUGAAUACCAAAGGUUCAUGAAGAACAUCAUAGAUAAAGGUUAUGCAAGAAAAGCCGUGCUACCUGCAUCUCCUGGAAAGUCUUGGUAUAUCCCCCAUCAUGCAGUUUAUAAUGAAAAGAAGAAUAAGAUCAGAGUAGUCUUCGAUUGUGGAGCAGAAUACCAUGGUAGAUCAUUAAACAAGGAAUUGAUCCCUGGACCAGACUUUACCAACCAUCUUAUAGGUGUGCUUAACAGAUUUAGAGAAGGAAUCAUAGCAGUCAUGGCUGACAUCGAAUCUAUGUACUUCCAGGUGUUUGUAACGGAACACCAAAGAUCGUUUCAGAGAAUUCUUUGGUGGGACAAAAGCGAUAAAGAAAUGACCAAACCAGUUGAAUACGAAAUGAAUGUCCACAUCUUUGGAGCGACUUCGUCUGCGAGUUGUAGCAAUUAUGCCUUGAAGAAAACUGCCUUAGAUAAUCAAGGCAAAUUUGGAACUGAUGCAGCGGAAACGUUAUUGAAGAAUUUUUAUGUCGAUGACAUGCUGAAGUCAAAAGAUAAUCUUGGUGAGACCAUUUCGUUAAUGAAAAACGUCACUUCUAUGUGUAAGGCGGGAGGUUUUAGGUUAACAAAAUUUGUCAGCAAUAAUAAAGAAGUGUUAUUGUCUAUACCUGAAGAUGAUCGGAAAACGGGGUUUACUGAUUGUGAAUUAUUGUCUGGAGAUACGGAUCUGCCGUCCGAUAGUACGUUAGGUAUCACAUGGGAUAUCGAAAUGGAUUGCUUCAAAUUUAAGAUCGAACUGAAAAAGACGCCCUACAGCAGAAGAGGUAUGCUUUCUAUGUUGAGCACGUUGUACGAUCCUUUGGGAUUUUUAGCUCCAUUUCUAGUCAGAGGAAAAAUAAUCCUUCAAGAACUGUGCAGCAUGAGCCUAAAUUGGGAUGACCCAGUUCCUGAAGACAAUUGUAAUGACUGGAACAGAUGGAAAGACUGUAUCCAGCCUCUUGAAGGAUUUAGAAUACCGCGAUGCUUCAAGCCCAAAAAAUUUGGUAAGAUUGUUCAUUCCUCGAUCCACUACUUUUCUGAUGCAUCAGAGUUUGCAUAUGGCCAAGCUACGUACCUAAGAAUAGUAAAUGAAAGUGGCAGAGUACAUGUUUGCUUGGUUAUGGGUAAGGCAAGAGUCGCUCCUUUGAAAUUCGUAUCUAUGCCUCGAUUAGAAUUAACAGCAGCUACUUUGUCUGUUAAGAUAGCUUCUUUGUUGAGACAAGAAUUGCGACUACUAUGUAUUAAUGAAUAUUUUUGGACUGAUAGUCAAGUCGUCUUAGGAUAUCUAAAGAAUCAAACGAAAAGAUUCAAAGUUUUUGUGGCUAAUAGAAUCGAGAUUAUCAGAAGCAACAGCAAAAUCGACGACUGGAAUUAUGUACCGUCGAACGAAAAUCCGGCCGACAUAGCGUCAAGAGGAUCAGAUGCUUCCAAAGACAAACAAGUUAAAAUGUGGUUUAGAGGACCAGAGUUCUUGUGGAAUGAUCAGUCUAGUUGGAAACUAUCCAAACACGCUGCAGAAGUAGACGAAAACGACCCGGAGGUUAAGAAAGUGAAAGUAAACGCUUGCCUAGUCACAAAUGAUCUGAUGAGUACGCUUGAAGAACGCAUGUCUUGCUGGAAGAAAAUAAAGCGUGUAAUGGCGUGGAUCCUUCUGUUUGCAGAUAGAAUCAAAACGAUAAAACCCGGCGAUGCAUCCACGAAAGGUAUCAUCGACGUAGAACGAUUGAAAUGCGCUGAAAGAAAAAUCAUGCAACUGACUCAAGAAAAAUAUUUCGAAACGGAAUUGCGAAAUUUGUUGUCUGGGAAAAUCAAUGUUAAAAACAAAUUGUCGAAACUUAAUCCCUUUGUUGAUUCACAAGGCCUGUUAAGAGUAGGAGGAAGAAUCGAACGAUCUGGGCUAGAUAAAGAACAUGUGCAUCCUAUCAUCAUGCCGAAAGAUAGCCAGACAUCCAUGUUGAUUAUUCGAUAUUGCCAUCAGAACGUCGCGCAUGCGGGCAGAGGAAUAACCAUCAACAAAGUACGAAGUUAUGGGAUUUGGAUCGUGAAUAUAAAUGCUUUAACACGAAAGGUCAUUCAUAAGUGCACCAUAUGUAGGAGUUUAAGAGGACGUGCUGGAGAGCAAAAGAUGGCCGAUUUGCCAAAAGAAAGGUUCAACGAAGCACCACCAUUCAGUUAUUGCGGAUUAGAUUGUUUUGGUCCAUUCUUGAUCAAGGUAAGGAGAAGCGAGAUGAAAAGGUAUGGUGUAUUGUUUACAUGUUUGUCUAGCAGAGCUGUACACAUUGAAAUCGCAAGCAGUUUAGAAACUGAUACGUUUAUUUUGGCCCUUCGUCGCUUUGUUGGCAGAAGAGGAAACGUAAGGUAUCUAAGAUCUGAUCAUGGGAGUAACUUCGUUGGAAGUGAUAAUGAAUUAAAACGAGCUUUUUUAGAAAUGGAUCAUGAAAAAAUCAAGUUUUUUCUAAACGAGUUAAACGCUGAUUGGAUAUGGAACUUCAAUCCACCAGCAGCCAGUCACAUGGGAGGAGUCUGGGAGAGGCAGAUAAGAUCAGCCAGACAAAUUCUAACCUCAUUGCUAAAGACCCACGGUUCAAGUUUAGAUGAUGAAUCAUUAAACACCCUCCUCAUUGAAACGGAAGCCAUAUUAAACUCAAGACCCCUAACAGUCGAUACCCUCAGUGACACGAAUAGCUUCAUACCAAUAUCUCCAUCAAAUAUCUUGACAAUGAAGUCAGAUGUCGUGUUGCCACCACCGGGAGAAUUUCCGAAACCUGAUGUUUAUUCGAGGAAAAGAUGGCGUAGAGUUCAACACAUAGCAAAUGAAUUCUGGAUUAGAUGGAGAAAGGAAUUUCUUUCAACCCUUCAGGAACGUCGACGUUGGAACACGAUUAAACGUAAUUUUGAGGUUGGAGACAUCGUCAUAUUAAAAGACUCAACCAUGUUUACUGUUCGAAAUCGUUGGCCGUUAGCAAGAAUUGUGAGCGUCGUGUCAGAUAAGCAUGGAAUAGUGAGAAUUGUGAACAUUCGAAUGAGCGGAUCUCGAGUCGUAAUGCAACGGCCGAUAUCAAAGAGUUCGCUCUGCGGUGGAGUACGAGAUGCAUUAUAUUCGUUAGUUUUGUGUUGUGAUGUCCCGUGUUAA